AUGAAGUUAGUAUUAGUAUUUUUGUUGAUGUGUAUUUAUCUAGUAUAGAGUGACACAACAAAUAUUAGUUUAAGUUCGCCAUGUUCAUGUACUCAACUUUUUGAAUAUGAUUGCUAUAGAAAUUUAAAUUGUGUUUGGAACAACCUAUAGCUCAGAUGUGAAAUGAAAUCAACAACUGAAGAAACGAAUACAAACACUAACACUAAAAAUAAUAGUUACUGCACUCAAUUUGGGUCUGAUAAAUGCUGGAAAAUGGAUGGAUGUGCUUACAUUUUAAAUGAAUGUGUUUAAUUUACAUCAUGUUCCAGUUAUCCUUUUAGCGUUCAGAAGCUUUGCUAAAUGGUUUCGAGUAAGUGUAUCACUGAUGGUGAAAAAUGUGUUGAACUAGCAGAGUGUAAUUCAUAUUCUACUCCUAUAUCAUGUGUUAAAAAUAAAAAUGGAAAGUAUUGCUAUUGGGAUUAGUAUUGUAUGAAUGCAACUGAUUGCAGCAAACUGCCAGUUUCAUUCAAGACAGAUGUUGAAUGUCGUGAAUAAUUGUCAUAUUGCACAGUAAAUCCAAGAGGUGGAUGUCAGGUGAGUGGAUACAAUUGCGAAGAUUAAGAAUUUGAGAUGCAAUGCUAUUACAACCAGAAAUUGGGAUAAUGUGCAUGGGUUGAUGGUAAAUGCAUGGAUAGAUCAUGUUAAACGGCACCAAAAUCUAUUAGAACAGAUGCAGCUUGUUCAGAAUAUUUUUAGAGUUGCACAUUAGAUAUAGAAGGAGGGUGCAGAUAAAGAACAUAAUGUAAUGAUGUAAUAUUAAAGGAGUCAUGUACAUACAAUGCAAAUGGAUCAUUGUGUUUUUGGAAUGAUGGUAAAUGUUAUGAUAAGAAUUGUGAAAAUGCACCUUAGAAUAUUGCUUGCUCAACAUUUUUAGAAAAUUGUGUAUCUAAAUCUGUAGGCGGAUGCAUGAGUAUUUCUGAUUGUUCAAAAUAUGAUUUGGAGGAGAGUUGUAAAAUAGAUGCAAAAGAUAAUAAAUGCUUUUGGACAGGUAACACUUGUGUAUUGUAUACAUGUCAAAGUGCUCCUUUAGAUUAUGUUACACACGAACAAUGCGCUAAUUAUAAAGAAGAUUGCACUGGUGUUCAGAGAGAACUUGUGAUAAUGCUCCUACUACUGCAACAACCUUUCUCUAAACUAAUUAUGAUUGCAAUAAAUACAAAGAGGGUUGUAUCACAAAACUAGGUGGAGGAUGCAAAUUAUUAAAUGAAUGCAGUGAUAUAGAUGUUGAAAAUUGCUUGUGUGGUAGAUAAAUACGGAAGAAACUGCUUCUUCUACAAUGGUGUGUGUGCCUUAAGAAUUUGUGAAAAUGCUCCCAUCUCUUUUACUAGUCAUGAAUAAUGUCAAGAUUUCAACAAGGAAUGUACUGUGGCAAGAACACUAAUUGGAUGUGUUAAAAUGACAUGUUAAGUUCUUACAUCCCAAAAUACGUGUAAGGUAGAUCUAAAUGGCAAUCGUUGCUAUUGGACAGGUCUAUGCUAUUCAAAGACUUGUGCUAAUGCUCCAUUUGAAUAUAAUUCAGAUUUGAAAUGCAAGACAUAUUUGAGUUCAUGCACCAUUGCCAACAGUGGACGUGGAUGCAUAACAAGACCAGUUUAAUGCAAUCAAUUAGUGCUAGAGGAACAAUUUGUGGUUGGUUCGAAGGAGCCUGUUAUGACAAAGCUUGCUUCACUGCCCCCUACACAUCUGAUUACGAUACUUAUGAAGCAAUGUGAUAUGUAUCUGAGUGGAUGCACAGUAGCAAGUGAAGGUAAUGGAGGUUGCAUUCCUUUGGAUGCAUGUACUACCUACACUGCCUAAAGAAGCUGUCGAUUCAAUAAUUCCAAUUAACUUUGUGAGUGGACUGGUAAUGCUUGUUAUGAUAAGUCCUGUACAACAGCCCCUUAAGAUGCAGAUCAUGACACAAAUGAAAAAUGCGAUGCCUAUUUAGUUGGAUGUAUCGUUGCUCCAAGUGGUUAGGGAUGUGUAGAAAAACCUACUAGUUGUAAUAUGAUGAGUACAAGUACUUAAUGUACAGAUACUUCAACUAAUUCACUUGGAGGACCAUGCGUUUGGGUAAGCUCUUGUGUUAACAGGACUUGUGCCAAUGCUCCUGUCUCUACUAAUUAUGAUACUCAUUAAGAAUGCUAUACAUUUCUGGCUUCAUGUACUGUAGUUGCUACAGGUAUCGGAGGCUGCAUGACCCAAUUGGGCGCUUGUUCCUCAUACACAACAUUUAGAUCUUGUUAAUUAGCAUCCAAUGGCUAGAAAUGCGCUUGGUAAUAUAACUAUUGUUACAAUCGACAAUGUUCAUAUGCUCCUGAUACAAAUGAAUUCGAUGCUGAUACAGAAUGUAGUUCUUUUCUUAAUACUUGCACCGUAGUCAGGAGAAUUAGUAAUCUAGGUUGUACUACUAGAUAAAGUUCUUGUUAAGAUCUUACAGAGCAAUAAUGUAUUAAUGAUAGUUCAGGCACGAUAUGUACUUGGGACACAACUCUCGCUACACCUUAUUGCAAGAAUAGAGCCUGUUCAUUAAUGAUUGGAUUUACUUAUACAUAAUAAAACUGUAAAAAUUGGUUAUCUGGAUGCGUUGUUGAUAACAAUUCACCUCAUACAAGUUGUAUGACAUAGAAAUCUUUGUGUAGUCAGUAUACGAAUGUAGAUAAUUGUGAGUUAUCCACUAGUAAUGGAUACUGCACUUGGAAUGGUUCAUCUUGUGUCACAAGAACUUGUUCUACUACUUAAAAUAUAACAGAUUUUAAUCAUUCCACUUGUAAUACUUGGUUGUCUUCAUGCACUGCAGGUCCUCCUACAAGUUGCAUUUAGAAACCAACAAAUUGUGCUGAUUAUGUUAACUAUGACUAAUGUUAUAAGAAUUAUUCAGAUUACCCUUGUACUUGGUAUAAUGAUGCAUGUAUUGAAAAGACAUGUACUAAUCAUGGCUUUUCAGUCACGGUAUUUAAUUAAACUAACUGUAACAAUUGGCUAUCCUCCUGUUCUGUUAAUCCAGGUGGUACCGAAUGUGAAACUACAAGAACUUGUGCCAAUUAUACAGGAGCUACAUUCACACAUUCUGAUUGUAAUACUUGGUUAACUGAUUGUACAACUGAUGGAUCUUAAUGUGUGUAUAAGACUUGUACUAAUUAUGGUUCAAAUGUGACUACAUUUAAUAAUUCAAAUUGUUCAGCUUGGUUUAGUGAAUGUACAAAUGAUGGGUCAACUGCUUGUAAGAGUGCUAGAACAUGUGCUAAUUACGGAAGCAAAGUUACUAUAUUUAAUCAUACAAAUUGUACAAAUUGGUUAUCAUCAUGUACUAAUACUAAUACAGCUUGUACAGCUAGAACUUGCACUAAUUAUGGUCAGAAUAUUCUAUUCUUUACUCAUGAUUCUUGUAAUGCUUGGCUCUCUUCAUGUACUGUAACUUGGGAUAAGUUGGGUUGUGAAACCAAAUCCUGCACUAAUACUGCUCAAUAAAUAACUACUUUUAAUACUUCUAAUUGUUAGGCUUGGUUAUCUGAAUGUCAAGCCAAUGUAAAUGGAACUGCUUGUGAGUCAACUAAUGCUUGUACUUCUGGAGCAUUCAACAAUGCUACUAGUUGUGGUAAUUAUCUAGAAUCAUGUACAUAUGUAAGUGGAUCAUAUUGCACAAAUAAGAGUUGUGCAUCUCCAUCAGGAAUAACAACCUACAAUCAUAAAACAUGCACCAACUUCUAUAAAUUGUGUACCAGUAAUUCAGCAUCUAGUGCUUGUGAGUGGAGAAAUUGCUAUAAUCAUAAAGGAUUUAUCUCUUAUUUUACACAUGAAUCAUGCGAAAAUUGGUUAUUUUAAUGCACAGUCAAUAGUACUAAUACAGGAUGUACAGUAAAGACAUGUACUAAUUAUGGUAGUCAUGUCACAUCAUUCACAAAUGCAGAUUGUAAUAAAUGGCACCCCUCCUGUAAUGGAGCCACCUCAACAUGCUAAGAAAGUAGAAUAUGUACAAGUGCUCCAACAGGUUAUCAAUAUGAUCAUAGUAAUUGUGAGGCUUAUUCCUUAAGUUGUACUAAGAAUACAUCUACAACUUGUAUGACAAAGAAUUGUUCCAAAGCUAGUUUGGUAUUUUCAACAUUCACUCAUGCUAUUUGUUCAGAAUGGCUCAGUACUUGCACAUCUGAUACUAAUGGUACUUAAUGUACCAGCAGAACUUGCACAAAUUAUAGGGAUCAAUUAACCACAAUAAGUCAUGCAACAUGCAAUGGUUGGUUAUCAACAUGUACUAGUAAUGUUGCAGGUACUGCCUGUGAAACUAAAACCUGUUAUAAUCAUGGAAGCGAAGUCGCAGUGAUAGACAAUACGAAUUGCAAUAGUUGGAAGAGUGGUUGCGUUGGAGGAGGAUCUACUUGCAGGGAUUCUACAAACACAAUAUGUGGAUCUUUUUCAGGAUCUAUUACUCAUGCAAAUUGUACAAGUUAUUUAAGUACAUGCACCAAUUCUGGAACCACAAAAUGUAUAGUUAGAACUUGCUAAUUAGCAUCUUAGGGUAUAACAACAUUUAAUCAUUAAAAAUGUACUGAAUGGUAUUUGGAAUGUACAGCUAACUCAGAUGGUACUGGAUGUUAAUAUAGAACAUGUUAUAACUAUGGAGAUUAUGUAACUACAUUCACAACUGCUACGUGUUCGAAUUGGCUAUACGGUUGCAAUGUUAAUUCAACAAAUGAUGGAUGCAUUAGUGAACGUACAUGUUCUAAUUAUGGGUCUUAUAUCAAAGAAUUUACUCAUGAAAAUUGCAGCAAUUGGUUGAGUACAUGUACAGUUGACUCUGGAACCACAGCUUGUAUUGAUAGGACAUGUACAAAUUAUGGAAGUAAUGUGACUGUGUUUAAUUAUGCUAAUUGUAAUGCUUGGUUAGAUGGUUGUACUGGAACAGGCAGUGUGUGUGAAGCUAGAUCUUGCAGUAAUUGUUCAACUGGAAUCAGUUCCUAUACUGAGGCCAAUUGUUAUAAAUGGUAUUCGUAUUGUAAGGUAAAUGAUUCUCUUGAUAAUUGUGUCAGUACACGUACAUGUACUAAUUAUGCAAGUAACGUCACGACAUUUAAUCAUUCCAAUUGCUAUUCUUGGUUAUCAGAUUGCACAGUUGCAGCAGAUGGACUCUCUUGUGUAGCUAAGACUUGUACUAAUAGUAAUCUAACUGCUGGCAAUUUCAAUUUAAAUAAUUGUGAUACGUGGUUGACUGGAUGCAUUGCUAAUUUUGCAGCAGAUAAUUUUUCUAAUCUAAACACUUUUGAUCACGCCACUUGUUCUGGAUGGAAAAGUACUUGUACGUACAAUAAAGCUGGAACUAGCGAUACUGGAACUAGUUGCAUUGAAUUUACUUGUGUUAAUGCAUAAUUAAAUACUUUUGAUCAUACCAAUUGUAAUACUUACAAGAACACCUGUACAGUGAAUUCCAAUGGCAAUGGAUGCAUUGAUUUCCUUUGCUCAACUGCAGCCAAUGUUAUAGCCUCAUUCACAGACACAGAUUGCAAAUCCCAUAAAUCUACAUGCACUGUAAAUACUGAUGCCGACAAUUGCGAAGAUAUUACUUGUGAUAAUGCUGCUCGUGUUCUCGCCCUUGGAAGUGGUUCCUACACUCAUUCUGAUUGCGACAGAUGGUUAUCAUCUUGCACAGUCAAUAGUGCAGCAGAUGGAUGCGAAACUAAGACUUGUGCCAAUGCAGUUAAUUCCCAAACUGUUGAUUCAUCAUUUGAUUGUACAAACUCUUGGCUAUCUACUUGUGAAUUAGACAUAUCUGAUGGUUUUUGCAUUGAUAAAACAUGCCUUACUUUUAGAGGUACUUUAUCCAAAGUUAAUUGUAACAACUACUUUACUGGAUGCACCUAUUAUGGAAAUUAUGAUAAUACUUCGUAAUGUACUACCACGGUCAGAACAUGUGCUAGUGCUGUUACAGCUCAUGAUAAUGGUUUUGAUGUUGUUGAUUAAGCAGGAUGUGAUUCUUGGAAAGCUGGAUGUGCUCAUAGAGGUUCUGGCAAUUAUGGUUGUGAAGAAAGAUCAUGUUCUAAUUAUGUCAGUGCAAAUCAAUCUAAUCCAACAUCUUAUGCAUAAUGCAAUGCUUGGCUAUCAACAUGUACUUUUGAUAGUGUAAAUUCAAUAUGUGUUGAAAAAACUUGUUCCAAUUUUUCAGAAUCAUCGCCUUCUUUUAAUAAUUGUUAAAGCUUGGAAUUCUUUAUAAAAAUUGCACCAACUAUUCAUAUGUUUAUUAGGUCUUUAAUGAUGUCAAUUGCGUUAACUGGUUCGUAAAUUGCAAGGCUAAUUCUUCCAAAACAGCUUGUGAGGCCAGUUGCACUACAACUUCUGUUACAACAUAUAACUUUUUUAAUUGUCAAGCUUGGGACACUAGAUGCUCUGUUAAAAGUGAUAACAAUAAUUGUGAAGUAAGAAGUUGCUCAAACCCUUAUCUCUCAGUGUAUACAGACUCAUAGUGUUCAGCUUGGUUAUCCACUUGAUAGAACAUGUUAUAACUACUCAACCAAUUUAUUGUUGUACAAUUCAAGCACUUGUGAAUCUUGGUUGUCAACAUGCACUAAUUACAAAACCUAGGGUUGUAUGCCUAAAACAUGUGAUAACUAUUCUGGUACUAUCAAUGAUAGCAAUUGUUAAUCAUAUCUGUCUUAUUGUGUAGCAAAUACAACAAAUACAAAGUGCAUGACCAGAAGAACUUGCACUAAUCAUGGAUCUGCAGUUACAACAUUUACCCAUGUCAAUUGCGAAAAUUGGAAUAGUAAUUGUACUAGUAAUGGUGGUGGCAAUGCUUGCAUUUAAAAGACUUUGCAGUAAUAUAAAUUAACGUCAUAUACAUGCACUGCCUGGAAAUCCACCUGUGCUUACAUUAAUGGAAGUUGUGUAGAUAAGACUUGUAGUAAUUCAGGUUUGGUUGGUAGUGAUGUAACAUUGGCAAAUUGCAGUGAUUGGUUGCCUUAUUGCAAAGCCAAUAAUGCAAUUUGGCCUUAAUAUUGUGAAUUAAAGACAUGCUAGAAUCAUUCAUUGGGAACAAUAAACUAAGCCAAUUGUUAAAAUUGGUUGUCUUAUUGUAGAGUAAAUUCAGCAGGAAACACUUGUAUGACUGAUCGUACUUGUAAUAAUUAUGGGAUCAAUAUUUUAACAUUCAAUCACAUUAAUUGCGAAGCGUGGUCAUCUUAUUGUACAGUGAAUACCACAAAUAAUGGAUGUAUGAAUAAGACUUGCUUUAAUACUAAUUUGAGUGUGUUUAAUGAUCAGACUUGUGGGUAAUGGUUGAAUACCUGCAAAGCCAACUCCUCAAAUACUGGAUGUGAAAUAAGGACAUGUACAAAUUAUGGCAAUUAAUUAACCAGUUUCACUUCUGCAACUUGUUCAUAUUGGUUAUAUUACUGUACGAAUAAUGGAUCCACAGCUUGUAAGACAAGUAGAACAUGUACCAGUUACACUACUUAAAUAUAAACUUUUACAUUGUAGACCUGUUCAGAAUAUCUAAGUUAAUGUGUUCCUGACCCUACUCAAUCUUCUUGUUUAGCAAGAACUUGUAGUAAUGCAUAGGAGUUACCUUCGUAUACACAUUAAAAUUGUUCAAAUUGGUUGAGUAGCUGCACUGUGAAUUCAUCAAAUAAUGGUUGUGAUGAUAGAACAUGUUAAAAUGCAUCUCUUUCAUUCUACAAUUAUAAUAGCUGUUCUACUUGGUUAAGUACAUGUACUGUAAAUGAUACUAAUGAUGGUUGUACUGCUAAAACUUGUAGUAAUAGCACUGUUACUCAAUUUACACAAGCCAAUUGCACAGCUUGGUUAAGUACUUGUACAAAUGGGAAGAAUGCAUGCAUUAAUAAGACAUGUGCAAAUUAUACAGGUACGAUCAAUUAGACUAAUUGUGUGGCAUGGUUAUCAUAUUGUUAUGCCGAUUCUGCAUCUCAAGCAUAAUGCUAUAGUUUGAGGAAUUGCUAUAAUCAUAGUUUAAGUACAUUUACUGUGAGCACAUGCAGCUCCUGGUCUCCACUAUGCACAGUAAAUACUACAAAUGAUGGAUGUAUUGAAAAGAAUUGUUAUAAUAAUAAUUUAACAAAAUUCAGUCAUGCCACAUGUUCUGAUUGGUUAUCAACUUGUACUGCGAAUAUUGAAGGAACUGGCUGUGAAAUUAGAUCAUGUACAAAUCACGGAAGCAACAUAACCAUAUUUAGUAAUGCCAAUUGUUCUGCAUGGUGGAAGUAUUGUAAGGUAACAACCUUGGGUAAUGCAUGUGAACCAUACACUUGUUGGAAGAAUAAUGUAAGUGUAUUCAAUCAUACUAAUUGUUAUAACUAUUUAGAUUAAUGCACUGUUGCAGAUUCAACAUCUUGUGGAUCUACAAGAACAUGUACUAAUCAUGGAAGUGCAGUGACCGUUUUUAAUCAUGCUAAUUGUUAAUACUGGUUAACUAAGUGUACUGUAAACUUUGGAGGAACAGCUUGUGAAGAAAUGACUUGUACAAAUCAUGGAAUCUAAGUAAGUACAUUCACUCAUGCAAGUUGUCAAAAUUGGAUGUUUGAUUGCACAGUUAAUGCAACUGGAACAGAUUGUGAAUUGAAAACAUGUUCAAAUUAUGGUGCCAAUGUAGUUGUUUAUACUCAUGCUAAUUGUUUAGCCUGGUUAUCCACAUGCACAGCCAAUGCAACUAACAGUGCUUGUGUUAAUAAGACAUGUCUAAAUACCACUGGUAUUAGUACGUGGACAUAAGCCAAUUGUCAGGCUUGGUUGAGUGUUUGUUAAUUAAGUAAACCUUCUACUUGUACAUCUAAUGUCGGUAAUUGUUCCUCAGCAACUUAUAACUAAUGUGUUAAAGAUACUAAUAGUGAUAUUUGUGUUUGGCAUUAGAAUGCCUGUAAGGAUAGAGCAUGUAAUAACUUUACUGGAACUGCCAAUCAUGCUAAUUGUGUAGCUUGGUUAAGCAGUUGUACUGUCAAUACUACUAACAAUGGAUGUGUCACUAAACCAACUAAUUGCACUACAGGAGGUGUGACUGAAAAUUAAUGCGUGGUUAGUAGUUCUAAUGUCAAAUGUGCUUGGAUUGGAAGUACCUGUGUGAAUAGAACUUGUGCUUAAUAUUCAGGUACAUUUAACCAUACUAAUUGCAAUAAUUGGUUAAAUACUUGUACUGUUAAUAGUGAUGCAACUGCUUGUUCAGCUUUAUAAUCUUCAUGUACUUCUUACACAGCUGAGAACUAAUGUAAUAUCACAAGUUCUGGUGCAGUUUGCUUUUGGGAUACUACUACUUGUGUUACUAGAACAUGCGAACAUGCUCCGCAAACCACCGAUUAUAAUGAUAAUACUAAAUAUUUGGAGGAUGCACAGAUAAAUUGUCAACUUGUUCAUCUUACAAAUAGUAAUCAUAGUGUUAUUAGAGUUCAUCUGGAGUUAAAUGUUAUUGGAAUACUUUAACCAUCAAUAUGUGCAGAUGCUAUUUGCACAAAUGCAUUAUCAACAAUAACUACACAUGCAGAUUGUUAAAGUUUCUUGAAUACUUGCACAGUAAAUACUUCAGGAGGUUGUAUACCUCUGGUAGCAUGUAAUCUAUUUACAACUUAACUAUCUUGCGUAAUAUCUAAUACUGGAGACACUUGUGAAUGGUAAUCAGGAACUUGCAAUAUUAAAUCAUGUGCUACUGCUGCAUAGGAUGCCACUAGAGACACUUAUGAAGAAUGCCAAGCCUAUCUUUCAAAUUGUACAGUUGUGGCAACUGGACUAGGUGGUUGUGUUGCUCUCAAUGAUUGCAGCACCUAUACAUCAGAAAGAUAAUGCAAAGUAAAUAGCAGUGGUUCCUUAUGUGGAUGGAAUGGAUUAAUUUGUGCUAACAGAGCUUGUUCCACUGCUCCACCAACUGUAACUUAUAGUAAUGACUAUGCCUGUUAAGAUUAUAUGGAUGGUUGCACAGUAGUGGAAACUGGAUAUGGUUGUUAAUCUAGGAAAUCAGAGUGUAGUGAUUAUAAAGUAAGUAAAUAGUGCGUAAAAACAACAUCGAAUUAAUUAUGCUAUUGGAAUACUGAAUUACCUAUACCUGCUUGUGAGAAUAGAACAUGUUUUAAUGCUCCUAGUAAUUCUCUGACUCCUGAAUUGUGUGAAUAGCACUCCAACCUAUGCUAUUCAAAUAUGUAGUAUUGCAGACUAGAAGAAUGUGAUGAUCUUCUGUACUCAACAGAUUUUGAAUGCAAAUACUUCAAUAGUAAAUGCACAACCAAUGGUACUAAUUGCAUAGUCAGAAAGAAAUGUUAAGAUGUAAAAAAUAGUGCGGGUUGUGUUACAGAUGAUUCGUUUAAUGAAUGUGAAUGGUAUAAUCAAGAGUGUGUUUUGAAAUCUUGUAGCACUGCACCAGCAUAUAAAACAGAAGUGGAAUGUAAUCUCUAUAAAGAAGGCUGCACAACUAAAUUAUUUGGUGGUUGCAGAUAAAAGACUAUUUGUUCAUAAGCAAAUGUAGAGUAAGCAUGCACCACCUCCAACUCUGGGGAAAUCUGUGUUUGGAAGGAUGGUUUUUGCAGAUCUUAGAGAUGUGAGGAUUUUGAUGGUACUUAUGAUGAAUUUUGUGAUACUUAGAAAAAAGGUUGUGUUAGUGAUGGAAUCAAAUGCAUUUAACCAAGAUAUUGCUCAUAAAUACUCUUAAAAGAACAAUGCUUAAAAGGAGUUGAUGGACCAUGUGUAUGGUAUGAGUUUGGUUGCACACUCUUUCUCUCUUGUUAAAGCAUUCUAAGUAAUCUAGAUAGAGUUUGUAAGUCUGCAAAUAGUUUAUGCACAACUGAUGGUUUCUAAUGUGUCGGAUUGGAGAAAUGUGCUAAUUAUAGAUUGUAAGAAGCUUGCAAAACAGGAUUGGAUGGAAAUUGUUAAUGGAUUGAGUCAUCUAAGAAAUGUCUACUGUUUGCCAAGUGUACUGAUUUACCAUUUUUAACUCACAGUGAAUGUCAAAAUGCUUCAUCUAAAUGUACAACAGAUACUCUCAAUGGAUGCUAUGAAUUAUAAUAAUGUUUCAAUUACUAAUAGAAGGAGCAAUGCAAAAUCAGUUCUUAACCCCAAAAAGUGAUUGGCAAUUAAGUACUACAAACUGGAUAUUGUGCAUGGAUUAACGGUAAAUGUAGGGAUCAAUUAUGCGAAGAUUUAAGUGGAGAAACACAUGAAUCCUGUCAAACUAAACUCAAAGGAUGUACUUCAGAUGGUACCAAUUGUAUUACUAUGCAACCUUGUUAACAAUAUUCUAAUCUUAUCACCUGCAAUCUUGCUUUAGGAACUGAUGGGAAAUGCUUUUUUUCGAAUUUUGGUUGUAGAGCUCUCGAAUGUACUGACAUUAAAAAUGGAACCAAUCACUUUAUAUGUUAAAGUUACAAUUCAACUUGCAUUUCUGAUGGAACACAGUGCAUAUCCCAAACGAAUUGUCAGAUCUAUCCAAAUUAUCUGGCUUGCACUUUCAAAGGACUAGAUGGACAAUGUGCUUGGAAUGGAUCUAAUUGUAAUUUGAUGAAAUCUUGUGAGGAUGCAGUUAUUGAUAUGAUAGCCUGUCAGAGAAUGGGUGACUUAUGUAAUUGGAACUCAUUUGCUAAUGGGACUACUGCUUGUCUCCCUCACACUUGCUAAACCAAAGGAGUUCUCAAUCAAUGCAAUUAUAUCAAAGAUUUCAGUGGUAAAACUAUAAGUACAUGUUUGUGGUCAAAUGAAAUAUGCUAAUCAGUAGAUCCACGAUAUCUUCAAAGCACUGAGUGCAAUUUCAACACUUUAAACACAUAUAGGUGGAAUCCAGUAAACAAUACUUGCGAGUCCUGUUCUCCUCAACAAGUCAACAAUACAAAUACAACUGUAGUCAGUUAUCUUCAAAUAUUAUCAAUAGUGAUAAUAUAUGCAAUAUUAUUAUGA